CUUUAAGCCAGACCAGAGGGCUCGGCUGCUGUGUGAUGUACUGCUAGUAAGAGAGAUUAGAAGGCAGUUGUGGUCUGGAUUUGCAGCAAGGCAGCACCUGCAUUGCAGUGCUGCCUCUUUGGAGCCAGCAGGUGGGGAGCUGCUCUUUCUUGCCUUGCCUCUGCUGUUGGCAGACCUUAUCCUUAGCUUUCGGCAUCACACUUAGAUGGCUUUAUCCACAUCCUGGGGGCUCUCUCCUGGGCUAUUUUGUCAAAUGGGAAUCCAGGCAUCUUGCAGACCUGAUCCUCAUCACAGGGGCAAUGCACAUGUGUCCAAGUCUGAUGUCCCAGAGCAGGAGCAGGAACAGGAUGAGGAAGAGAUCCUUGGAUCCGAUGAUGAAGAACAGGAGGACCCCAAUGACUACUGCAAAGGAGGUUAUCAUCAUGUUAAAAUUGGAGACCUCUUUAAUGGCCGCUAUCAUGUUAUACGCAAGUUAGGCUGGGGUCAUUUCUCGACAGUAUGGCUAGCGUGGGACAUUCAGGGGAAACGCUUUGUGGCUAUGAAGGUGGUGAAGAGUGCAGAACACUACACAGAGACUGCCUUGGAUGAAAUUAAGCUGCUGAGAUGUGUCAGAAACACAGAUCCCUGUGACCCUAACAGAGAGAUGGUAGUCCAGUUGCUGGAUGAUUUUAAAAUUUCUGGAAUAAAUGGAACACAUGUUUGCAUGGUGUUUGAAGUCCUAGGCCACCACCUGCUCAAAUGGAUCAUUAAAUCCAAUUAUCAGGGCCUCCCUAUUGCUUGUGUUCGCAGCAUUAUCAAACAGGUACUUCAGGGCCUGGACUACUUACAUUCCAAGUGCAAGAUAAUUCACACAGAUAUCAAGCCAGAGAAUAUUCUUCUGUGUGUCAAUGAGCCUUACGUACGACGCCUGGCAGCUGAGGCAACUGAAUGGCAGAAGGCUGGAGCCCCACCUCCCUCAGGAUCUGCAGUGAGCACUGCUCCGCAGCCUAAGCCUGCUGCAAAAAUGUCCAAGAAUAAAAAGAAAAAAUUAAAGAAGAAGCAAAAGCGACAGGCUGAGCUUUUGGAAAAGAGGAUAUUGGAAAUGGAAGAGUUGGAGAAAAGGCCAGAGGGAGCUGAAGAAGAGGAGGACGAGACUACCCAGAGCAAUGAGGGAGAGAGCCAGACGUGUCUGUCUCUCAAGGAAGAUGACAUUGAGAAUGUGACUAAAGAACUCCUUGAUGAAGACACAGAGAUCCGGGAGAAGAUACUUGUAGACAAGGAAGAAGUUGUGGCUGUUGAGCUAAACUGCAAUGGCUUCAUUGGUUCUGAUAGUCUAUCUGAGCUCAGCAAUGAGGACAAGAUGAAGGAGCUGGAAGAUCAGCGCAAUGCUAAUGACUUUUUCGACAAUGAUCAGCGGCUCCAAUUUAAUGAGGAUUGCAGUGAUAUUGCCCACAAUGUGUACCAACCUGGAGGAGAGGGUCAUCAGGCAGGACCAUUCGGUGUGUUUCUCCCCCUCUCUACCAGUGUACAGCCUGUCAAUGGAAAUGAAGAGAUUGAUAUUCAGCCCAGCACUAUGGAAAACAAAUCGGCUAGUGGCGACAACUUAAAAAGUGCCAAGCUGGCAGCCGGGGACCUGCUGGUGAACCCGCUGGAGUCUUUGAAUGCAGACAAGAUUCAAGUGAAGAUUGCUGACUUGGGAAAUGCCUGCUGGGUUCACAAACACUUCACUGAAGAUAUCCAGACAAGACAGUAUCGCUCUCUUGAGGUGUUGAUUGGUAAUGGCUACAGUACACCUGCUGAUAUUUGGAGCACAGCCUGCAUGGCUUUUGAGCUUGCAACUGGAGACUACUUAUUUGAGCCCCACUCUGGUGAAGACUACUCGAGAGAUGAAGAUCACAUUGCCUUGAUCAUAGAGCUGCUGGGAAAAAUACCACGAAAGCUGAUUGCAACUGGGAAGUACUCAAAAGAGUUUUUUACCAAAAAAGGUGAUUUACGACAUAUUACCAAACUGAAGCCAUGGGGUCUUUUUGAAGUGCUAGUGGAGAAGUAUGAGUGGCCCCAAGAUGAAGCUAAGGGUUUUGCUGACUUUCUGUUGCCCAUGCUGGAGCUCAUGCCGGAGAAGAGGGCUUCAGCUUCUGAGAGCCUGACACAUCCCUGGCUCAACUCAUAAAGGAUUCAUUCUCUUCAAACUAAUGGCUGAGAUGUGCUCUUGAGGACCUCUAGAAUCUGUGCUGCUCCAUUUUAGGGAACUAGAGCUGAUCUAACAUGGCAACUCCAGUGAAGCAGAAUUGGUUUCUUACUGCGAUGUUCCUAUAAUUUUUGAGAAUUAGGGUUUUUAAAAUUGACUGUGAAGGUGCUUGUCAUGGUGGUUUGGAAGACUGUAUGCACCAAACUGACCUGGGAGGUGUACUGGCCGGGACCUUCUAGCCUAUUGAAUGCUGCCCAGUAUGCUUCUUCUGGCCUGGUUGGCAAUCCAGAAGAGCCUCAAAGCUUGUGGCCUGUCUCUUGGUAAGAGUGGCCAAUAAUUUAAAUGUGUCGUAUGGCUCCUGUGCUCUGAGCAGAGGUUCCAUCAACCAUAUUUGUAUAUGAAGUUCCUUGCAUUUUAGUGAGUCGAACUUUCAGUUCUGGGUCUGUUUGUCUUUUUGUCUGUUGUUUGUUUUGUUUGUAUUUUUUCCCAACCACAGGCUUGAGUUCCGUGUGACUGAUAGUUGACGAAAUAUCCAAUCAAGAGGCCAAGCCAGGCUUUGCUGGGCGAGUGUGUGCUGGCUGGAGUGACAGGGUCCUUUGUGCCAUGUCUUGACAUGACACUGUUGGAUAGCUAGCUUUCUUUUAAAUGUUUGUUUUGUUUUUGUUUUUUGUUUUUUUUUUUUGUCUUCUGAUCCUGGAUGUGAAAUUCUGUUUUCUUAAAUUCUCUGAGCUCAGUGAUAGGGGAGCACUUUUAUCUGGAUGUCUGAUAAGUGACUUGACAUUCCCCCUCCACUACCACCACUGCCAUCACUGCUGCUGCUCUGUAACGUUCUGGAGAAAGAAGCUUUGAGUACAAUAACAUUUUCCUUGGCUCCUAAUAAAAGAAUUUUGACAAUGCCGUA